GACUGUAGACACCAACCUGAUGUGUUGCCAUUUGACGAAGCAGGAUGCAGAUUGCGACUUUGCUUAUGUCGACAGCUUCGCCAGUUGUGAAACUUUGUUCAGAAAUCGAGCUCCUAGGGAGUGCCUCUGGGUGAUUGGAAUUAUGUCGUUGGUUGGUGCUGUGUUUGUCAUUGUGUGGCGAUUGGUGUUUAGGGAGACGAAGAAGAAAAACAAGAUACAGUCCAUCAUGUUGAUACAUUUGGCUGGGUCCGAUGGACUUAUGGGUGUCUACCUCCUAACUAUAGGUGUGGUGGAUGCCAUUUGGGCAGGGGAGUAUUAUUUGCAUAACUAUUACUGGCGUUCAAGUUUGACAUGUCAGGUAACAGGUGCCAUUGCCGUGUUGUCAAGUGAGGUGUCUGUAAUGACGAUUUGUUUGCUCUCCGCCGACCGGAUGAAGAAUGUUCUGUUCCCCUAUCGGGGAAAGUCCCUUACACUUAAGGUUACGCACCUUUUGUGCUUCCUUAUCUGGAUUGUUGGUGGCAUAAUUGCAUUUAUUCCCACGGUGGGCUUCGACUACUUCGGUAGUCGCCAGAAAGGUCAUCACUUUUAUGGCAGAUCAGUUGUAUGUCUGCCAUUGCAGCUUUCCACAGAUAAGCCGUCGGGCUGGGAGUACUCUGUUGCCAUGUUUGUGGGUUUAAACUUUACCCUUGUGCUCUUUGUCGUUGUGGCAUAUGCGAUGAUAAUCUAUAAGUCCUGCGCAUCAAACAGGCGCAUGGCUAAGCAAGGGACCGAAAGAGAGAGGAGAAUGAAAGCCAAGGCAAGGGCAGCCGAUCUAAGGAGGGAGGCCUCGCUCGCCAAAAGAGUGUUCUUCAUUGUUCUUACCGACUGUGUCUGCUGGCUGCCUAUUGUGGCGAUUGGAAUGAGGUCUCUCUUGGAAAAAUCCUUCCGUACACCUGGUGACCUCGCAGUUUGGAUCGCAGUCUUUGUUCUGCCGGUUAACUCUGCCAUCAAUCCCAUUCUUUACACCUUGUCUACCCCACAGGUACAUGUACUCUCAACUUGAGCGGUUGGAAAAGUAUAUAUUCAGCCAAUAAGUUAAAUUUUGUAUUUAUAUCAUGUCUCUCAGAUCACAGAUCACAUCUAAAUUCGACAAGAAUAAAUAAGUGAAACACGAACCGCCAAGAAGUGUCUCACUGUGUAUAAUUUUACCGUAUUUUAUAUCAGCUGGUAAACUUGAUUUCCGCCAUUUCUGAGAUCCCUUUGCCUCAGAACUCUCUUCUGUAUGUAAAACGUGCACGUUUUCAUUGUAUGGCACUCGGUUUGAGAGUGGCUGAAAGCUGCGCAAACGUAGUUUGCAUUCCUGGGGAAAUCAAAGACUCGAAGGGUUUAAAACUGGUGAGGAAGCACUAUUUACUGAUUAUAACCUCGUGUUUGGUUUCGAUGUAUUAAGGUCCGAGGAGUCAUCAGAGCCAAACUCCAACCAUUGUGGGAUUAUCUGGUGGCAAAACUCGGCCGAAAUCAAGAUGUUGAAGGUAAUUUUUGACACUUUAAAUAAUCUUUCAUCAUUCUGGGGAGUAUUUUUCUCGUUCUUUAAUUUUUUGGUUUCAUGCCAUAAAGUUACGUUUUAAACAGGUUUAAGAGCAGAUAUACCGUGGGUUAAUCAAUCAGAUCGGCUCGUAAGCCAAGAGAUACUUUUGGUUACCCAUAUGAAUAAGAAACAAACAGAUCUAUGUAUUUAGUGGCGCGUGAGCUUGAGUAUUUCAUUUAAACACAUAGGUUGACUCAACCUCAAAUGAUAAAAAAAGACGUUGCCUCAUGAAUGAAUAAUUUGUUAUUGCUGAUGUUUUUUCCGCUUGCUUGUAUUUUUCCGUCAGUUCAAGAUCAGGGAAUAGAGAUGAGAGUCAUCGAAGAAGGUACGCACCAUUCACUUCUCCACAGACUAAAACAAAUUUCAGAACGCAACACCUAGCAUUCAAAAAACAAGAGCAAAACAGUAACUUUGAAGCAAUUCGGUUCGACCUUUUUGCCACUAUAAGAAACGCAUAAAAAGUAAUUUAGCCCCCAGUUUGAAGUUUACAGACAACCACAUUUUGAGUCAAUUUAAUGACUGUAAUUUUUGUUUACGUAAUAUGCUUAAUCCUACUUUGACUGAUUCUCAAUUAUUAUUUAGUGGAGGGAAGACUUAUAGAUUUUUUCACCACUAACAAUAUUUCGCUUUUUGUCAUAAAACACUCACAUAAAAAAUCGAAAUGGGCUAAGAACAUCGGAGAGUUAAUCGGCUGAGUCCAGUGCACCACAUUUUUGAUGUUACCACAUUUUGUCGUCAUAUGUUAUCUAUGAAUGAACAGACGCACGGCAACAUAGGCUACUUGUUUGGUCGACCGUGAAAAGUUUUCAAAUAAUGGUUUUAAUAAGGUAUCAAAGCCACAAAGAGAUAUUCGGAAAGAGUAAAAGCGGAGCGUAAAUGAUUGAGGACGGAGAAGUUACACGAUGCGGUUACCAAAUGCAAAAAGCACGGUGUAGUUCGUAUAACAAAUUUGGCGAUUUGGCCAACUACAACCACCUGAGGAAACACUUUUUAACCUUAUUCCCUUUUUGUGUUUAUUUUAUUGAACACAGUACAAAACCAAGAGGAAGUGGGGAGCACUGACGAUAGUGAGGAUGAAUCGCAAGAAGAACAAGGAGAUGGUGAGCACCAUGCAGGAUCAGGCGAAGACAAUGAACAACCUUUUGAAUCCCAGCAAGUUGAACAUGAACAAGACGAAGAACCAAAACAAGGAAAAGAAGACGCCACUGAACAUCAGCAAGUUGAACGUGAACAAGACGAAGAACGAAAACCAGGCCCAGAAGAAGCGACUGAACAGCAGCAAGUUGAACGUGAACAAGACGAAGAACGAAAACAAGGCCCAGAAGAAGCGACUGAACAGCAGGAAGUUAAACGUGAACAAGACGAAGAACGAAAACAAGGCCCAGAAGAAGCGACUAAACAGCAGGAAGUUAAACGUGAAAAAGACGAAGAACCAGAGCGAGGCCAAGAAGAACCCACUGAACAGCAGCAGGUUGAAUCUAAAAGAAACGAAGCACCAAAAGAUGACCAUGAAGAACCAACUACAGAGCAGGAAGUUGAACAAGAUCAUCAAGCAGAUUCAAAGGGAAACAAAGAAGUAAGUGAGACGCAACGAGAAAAACAGGAGCUAAAUGAAGCCGAUGAAAAACCUGAGCGAAAGCUGAAAGGAGACGACCAGGAAUCCAAACAACAGGGCACUCAACAACAAGAAGAAAAAGAACCGAACGUCGACCAUGCAGGGCCUGAUGAGCUAAAGGAUGCAAGUAAAGAGAAGAACAAGUCGAAAAGAAAUGAAAACGAAAGUGAACAGCAACAAGAGGAAAAUGAACAAGAUGAGCAGGAGAAAGAAGAACACCCUGAAGAAACCGAAAAGCAGCAAAUUAAUUUUGAUCAAGAAGAACGAGAACAAGACCAUAAGGAUCCUAAACUCGAGCAAAUUGGACAAGAAAAACCAAAAGGAGACGGUGGAGAUUCUAAGAAAGAGCAACUGGAUUAUGAGCAACCAAAAGAAGACCAUGAAGAACCUAUGAAAGACCAACUGCAGCAAGGAAAACCAAAAGGAGAGAAUCAGGAACCUAAACAAGAGCAACUGGAAACUGAAAAGCCAAAAGGAGAGUAUGAAAAACCCAACCAAAAGCAACUGGAAGACGAGAAGUCAAAAGGAGCCUGUGGGGACUCCCCACAGCAGGCUGAUGAGUCCGCGGAAGAUAAAUCUUCACGACAGCAGCAGCUGAUUGCAGAGGAAGGUAUGUUUUGCCACCCUCCAUUUUCGCCAAAAUUCAAAGUUUUGGAGCAUUAAUUUCUCGCUUAUCAGUCUGGGUAGAGGAAAUAUUUCUUCGUUACUCCAAAACUCUUGGUUAUUUGUUUUAGGCGACAAUGUUGACUAAAGUAUCAUGAUAAUGAGUUACUUUGUUAUUCAACAGGAGAUUACGAAGAAGAUGAUGCGGUACUGGAUACACGUCUGUAAUUGCCAGCAUUGACUCAUCAAGUCCUUUUUAGUUCUAGUUAUCGUUUUAGUAAUAGAAAGGUUACAUACCGUUAUAUCAUUAAAAUGACGCAUUUAUUUAACCAAGAGCAUUAGAGGAUAACUCAUAUAAGGUAUUACAGUGACUAGUGCGUGCCCGCAAUGUUUGUUUUCAUUUUUUGAUAGUCUGAGUUGUCGUAGACAAGUACAAACAGCUACAGGAGAAAGGAAGUUAGUAUGGUAUGCUAAAUAGAUAAUCGUGAAAGCAUAUUUACGGCCGUGUUGCGUUUCCAGUGUUGUCAGAAGUUUCCGCAACUGAUUUUAUUUCAAUAUGAUUAGGUUUAUUAGUACUUAUAAACAUGAUUUAACUAUCUACUCAGCAUUCAGUUGCAUCUAUUACUCAUUAUUUAUUGACUUUAGUCCUAGCAUGUUAUUUAGUAGGUGGCUUAAUUGUUUUUACAAUGCUACGCCACUAAUCGUAUUUACUCCACUGCACACAUAUAUCAAGUGCACAGGUCAGAUAAUGUAUUUUCAUCUGGCUCCUUUAUUUAUUCACCUUUGUUGUUAACCUACGAUUUAAGUUAAAAUUUGGUAGAAGCUUGCACAAAAAUAUAAGAAAAAAGUAUCACAGGAGUGAAACCCAAGUGAGAAUGUUAUAAAGGUGUAAAGUGUUUCAUAAGUUGUUGUCAAGCCAUUUAGUGUCUAAUUAAAAAAAAAUCAUAAAAUUUUAGCUCUCCC